AUGGAUGGAGGAGCUCUAAUAGACAUCUGGAAGAAAUGGGAGAUCCAAGUACUGGUGCUCUUUAGCUUCACACUGCAACUGAUCCUCCUGGGCUUCGCAAGGAUCCGCCGGCGCAAAGGCUCCGCUCUGCUGACGGUCCACCUCUGGUUGGCCUACCUCAUGGCUGACUCCACGGCUAUCUACACUCUUGGCCACCUCUCCCUCCGCGCCAGAUCAAGCGAGAAGCAGCUCGUCGCGUUCUGGGCGCCCUUGCUGCUCCUGCACCUCGGUGGCCCGGACACCAUCACAGCCUACGCCUUCGAGGAUAACCAGCUCUGGCUGCGCCAUCUGCUGAACCUUGCGGUGCAGGUCAUGGGGGCAGCCUAUGUCCUGUACCAGUUUGUUGCUAACCAGAGGACCUUGGUCACCCCCUCCCUGCUGAUGUUCGUUACUGGCCUUCUCAAGUACGGGGAGAGGACAUGGGCGCUGAAACGUGCUAAUAUAGACAGCAUCAGAGGCGCUCUUGAUCUGCAGGAUGACAGCGACCGGCGCCAGCCGUACGAUGGGCGGGUUGGAACAACGGAGCUGGAUUCGGAGGACGUUCUGCUGGGCGCUCACUACAUGUUCAAUGCCUGCAAGAGCCUCUUCACCGACGAUCUGAUCACGUCCGGAGCAGAGCUCGAAGCUAUUAACAAGGCAUACAGUUCAAUGGCGGCAACUACAUCCACUUUGGCCUCGUUCUUGCUGUUCCAGCUGAACAGCAGCAGCAGCAGUCAUGGUGGUUACACUUACAGCAGAGUCGAUGUCAUCGUCACUUACAUUCUCCUGGCCGGGGCCUUUGUCUUGGAGAUCACGUCGUUGGUCAGGGUACUAGGGUCUUCCUGGGCAUGCGCCUUCUUGCACGCUAGGAGGUGGGACCGGGUCCAUGGCGCCGUCCGGUGCCUUCGCCGGCUUGUCCGGGCAGCGAGGAGCCGAAGGUGGCUGGACUCGGUUGGGCAGUACAACCUGCUGGAUUUCUGCACUCGUGACAGGACCGAGCUAAGGAGCAGGAUCGCCAAGAAAGUGGGGCUGGAGAAGUGGUGGGACAAGUUCCAUUACUCGAGCACCGUCAGCAUUUCGGACAGCUUCAGGGACCUCCUGCUGGAAGAGAUACCAAGAAGGCAGCUAGGGGACAUGAGGGACGCGCGGGGCCGGUGGACGCUUCAGCAAAUAACUUACCCGCCGGGGGCAAGCGGUGGUCGCAGAUUAUACGAUGAGAUCAGCUGGAGCGUUAAUGACACCGACUUCGACCAGAGCAUCCUCAUCUGGCAUGUCGCCACCGACGUCUACCUCUGCUGCCACCGCCAGCCUGAGCCAGCCGCGGAGGAUCGCCAUCGCCUAGCCAAAGCCGUCAAGGAGCUCUCCGACUACAUGCUCUUCCUCUUCGUCGUCCAGCCCCACAUGCUUCCGGGCUCGGUUCGGAGCAGCCGGUACGACAACAACUGUGACGGUUUGGUCACGCUCUGGCAACAACACUCAGCUGACAAGGACGGCAUGGACCCGACGCUGACACCAAGGGAAAACCUAGCUAGAUUGCUUUACCGCGAGUACAGAGACAGAUCGGACGACGACUCUGACAACGACGACGACGAUCGUGCAAGUCCAGCCGCAUCCUUAUCCGUUCAGAUGAUGGAAGAGGAUGAUAACAACCCCCACGGCCUCGCUUACAUCGACGCGGCUGGGCUCACCGGGUUGCUCCUUAGCGAGCGCUCAGGUAUACCUGACGUGCUGGAAAUGAUCGCCGGAGUGUGGAUCGAGAUGCUGUGCUACGCCGCACGCCACUGCACCGAGGUUUCCCACGCGAAGCAGCUGAGCAGCGGUGGCGAACUGGUGACUGCAAUGGGGAUGCUGGUGGAGUACACCGCUAGGUAUGACCUGCAUCCUCAUGGUCAUGGAUCAGAGGAUGGUCAUCCACUGUCGGGGACAUCUAUGGAGAAUGGAGAACCUAGCGGAGCGGCGGCUGAGAGCCUCUUCACCGACGAUCUGAUCACGUCGGGAGCAGAACUCGAAGCUAUUAACAAUGGCAUACAGUUUAAUGGCGGCAAGUACAUGUACGAGCUGAUUGAGAUGCAGCUGUCCUUGAUGUACGACAUCCUGUACACCAAGGCAGCGGUCCUCUACACAUGGUAUGGCAUGUGCAUCCGUCUGAUCUCACCGGCAGCCACUUUGGCCUCGUUCUUGCUGUUCCAGCUGAACAGGAGCAGCCAUGGUGGUUACACUUUACAGCAGACUCGAUGUCAUCGUCACUUACAUUCUCCUGGCCAGGGCCUUUGUCCUCGAGAUCACGUCGAUAGUCAGGGUACUAGGGUCUUCCUGGGCAUGCGCCUUCUUGCACGCUCAGAGAUGGGACCGGAUCCAUGGCGCCGUCCGAGCAUCCUCAUCUGGCAUGUCGCCACCGACGUGUACCUCUGCUGCCGCCGCCAGCCUGAGCCAGCCGCGGAGGAUCACCAUCGCCUAGCCAAAGCCAUCAAGGAGCUCUCCGACUACAUGCUCUUCCUCUUCGUCGUCCAGCCCCACAUGCUUCCGGGCCCGGUUCGGAACAGCCGGUAUGACAACAACUGUGACGGUUUGGUCACGCUCUGGCAACAACACUCAGCUGACAAGGACGGGAUGGACCCGACGCUGACACCAAGGGAAAACCUAGCUAGAUUGCUUUACCGCGAGUACAGAGACAGAUCGGACGACGACUCUGACAACGACGACGACGAUCGUGCUAGUCCAGCAGCAUCCUUCUCCGUUCAGAUGAAGGAAGAGGAAGAUAAGAACCCCCACGAUCUCGCUUACAUCGACGCGGCUGGGCUCACCGGGUUGCUCCUUAGCGAGCGCUCAGGUAUACCUGACGUGCUGGAAAUGAUCGCCGGAGUGUGGAUCGAGAUGCUGUGCUACGCCGCACGCCACUGCACCGAGGUUUCCCACGCGAAGCAGCUGAGCAGCGGUGGCGAACUGGUGACUGCAAUGGGGAUGCUGGUGGAGUACGCCGCUAGGUAUGACCUGCAUCCUCAUGGUCAUGGAUCAGAGGAUGGUCUUCCACUGUCGGGGACGUCUACUGAGAAUAAUGGAGAACCUAGCCGAGCGGCGUCUGAGGUAUCUUUGGAUCUCGAUAGUAUCAGUGAAGGUGCCGGCCGGAUCGGAGGUGAAAUAUGCGAGGAAUAA